CGCGCCGCCGCCCUCCUGCCCGCCGCCGCGCCCUCCUGCCACCACCGCGUGCCCCGCGCCGGCGAGGUGGUCCAUCAGGUGCCUCUCCGGGGGAGGCGCGCCUGGCGGAGGAGCGUGGGGCAGCCGCUGCGGAUCAGGACCGUGUACGACGGGAGCGUGGAGGGUUUGCCACCUGAGAAAAGACAGCUCAUAAAGAGCAAACUCUUUCCACAAGCUAUUUCUUAUUUGGAAAAGACUUUUCAAGUACGCAAAUCUACAGGUACUAUACUACUAAGCAGGCAGUGUGCAACAAACCAGUAUUUAAGGAAGAAAGCUGACCCUCACAGAUACUGCCGAGGAGCCUGUGCAAACCAUACAAGAUGUGGGCCGGUUAUAGUUCCUGAGAAACACCUCCAGCAAUGCAGGGUGUGCAAAGAGAAUGAAUGGCACUGUGGACCCAUUGGCUUGCCUGACCAAGAAGGCAUUCGAGAUGCUGACUUUGUACUUUAUGUUAGUGCUCUCACUACUGAAAGAUGUGGCCAUGAAAAUAUCAUUGCAUAUGCAGCCUAUUGCCAACUGGAAGCUGAAAUGGACCGGCCAAUAGCAGGGUACGCUAACUUGUGUCCAAAUAUGAUUUCAACUCAAGCUCAGGAAUUUGUUGGCAUGUUGUCUACAGUGAAACAUGAGAUUAUCCAUGCACUGGGUUUCUCUGCUGGACUGUUUGCAUUUUAUCGUGAUGAUGAUGGAAAACCUUUAACAGCAAGAUCCAUGGAUGGUCUUCCUCCUUUUAAUGAGAGUCUAGGUUUGUAUGAGUGGAGCAAUAAGGUGGUUCUUAAAGCUGUGAGGCUAUGGGAUAUACGUGGUGGCAAAAUGCUGCGCCAUCCUGUGUAUCUUCUGAUAACGCCUCGUGUAGUUGAAGAAGCUCGGAAACACUUCAAUUGUCCAAUCCUGGAGGGAAUGGAGCUUGAAAAUCAAGGUGGUAUGGGUACUGAGCUCAAUCACUGGGAGAAGAGACUGUUGGAGAAUGAAGCAAUGACUGGAUCCCAUACGCAGAAUAGAGUCUUAUCCAGGAUCACCUUAGCAUUAAUGGAAGACACUGGCUGGUAUAAAGCAAAUUACAGCAUGGCGGAGAAAUUAGACUGGGGACGUAACAAAGGCUGUGACUUUGUGAUGAAGAGCUGCAAGUUUUGGAUUGACCAAAAGAGACAAAAGAGGCAAUUAAUCAGUCCAUACUGUGACACUUUGAGGAGUAAUCCUUUGCAGUUAACCUGCAGACAAGACCAAAGAGCAGUAGCAGUGUGCAACUUACAGAAGUUUCCAAAGCAGUUACCUCAGGAAUAUCAGUAUUUUGACAAUCUAAAUGGAGUGCCAGCAGAAGACUUGCCUUAUUAUGGUGGCUCAGUAGAAAUUGCUGAUUAUUGUCCCUUUAGUCAAGAAUUUAGUUGGCAUUUAAGUGGUGAAUUUCAACGCAGCUCAGACUGUAGAAUACUGGAAAACCAACCAGAUCCUACCAAAAACUAUGGUGCAGAGAAAUAUGGACCAAACUCUGUAUGUCUUAUUCAGAAAUCAGCUUUUGUCAUGGAACAGUGCAGGAGGAAACUUAGUUACCCUGACUGGGGUAGUGGAUGUUAUCAAGUUUCUUGUUCUCCACAAGGGCUAUACGUUUGGGUCAAGGACACUGCGUACUUGUGCAGCCGCUCAGGUCAAGUGCUGAGUGUUAGCAUUCAGAUGAAUGGCUGGGUACACGUUGGGAAUCUGAUCUGUCCAGCCUGCUGGGACUUCUGUGAUUCCUGUCCCCCUGAGCGGGAUCCUCCAGCUUCCAACUUAACAAGAGUUGCACCAAUUGAUUUAUGCUCCUGCUCAUCCAGUCUGGUUGUUACCCUCUGGUUAUUGAUGGCUAACUUGAUUCCCCUGCUAACAGGAUUUUUUCUCUGCGUGUGGAGCUAAGCACGAGGAAGGAAGGCGUUCCAAGAGGGUGAUACCAUCGUGCUGCUCUUCUUAUCGUGGAGCACUGAGAGGGGUUUUUGUCUUUACUGGCAGCUGUAUUCUGCUGAACCUCUUCUCUCCUGGCAAGUAGCAGUGCUGAUAGUUGCCAAGGAGGUAUCGACAACAGCAGCAAGAGUUUGAGAGGAGGAGAACUUACAUUGUCAUCUCAAUAAGUGCCAGUAUUUUCCUGAUUUACAACCUUUCAUUUUGGUGCGGUAAUAAGAUCCACUAAGUUGACCAUGUUAGAUUUCCUGACAGCUUGGUCAAAGUUUGAAAUGAGAACCUUUCUGUUUUUUUUAAUGUCCUCUGUGUGACUGGUAGCAAAGCAUCCUCAAACUGGAAAUAUACCUCAGUGGUUUUGUGAAAAGCCAUGCGAAAAUCAGUUGUGAUCACUACUAAUAACCCAGGCCUAAAUAGGUGUGGAGUUUUUUUUUUGUUUUUAUCAAUUUUUAGACUUCAUGGUGAAAAAAAAUAAUGUAAUGGGAUAGUAGGCUAGUUGUUAAGAAUUGUAUCUGCAGUUAGAUUCUGCAGCUUUUAAGCUUCUCAGAAAUCUUAAUAUUAUGUGGAAAAUGUCUAAUUCUUGGGGUUCAGUUAAACCUUAAUACAUCCACAAAGUUGAAUUUUGUACUGAUAACCAAAUCCCAUUUUUAUUUAGUAUGUGCAAGUACUACUGUGAAAUUCAGUACAUGAAAUAUUUGACUAUUCUCAGAGUAUUUGCUAGGCAAAUGCAUUUCAAUCCUGAUGCACAGUCUGCAAGAUUGGUAUAGUUUUUUUUUUCCUUUUUUUUUUUUUUUUCAAAUAGGGUGACCAUAAAUACAUCUAUUUUUACUUUCUGUUGAGGGGGCAAAUGUGAUGGCUACUAUAGUCUUACAGAUUUUGUUUUUUGUUUUAUUUAUUUAUUUUUUUAGGCUAAAACUAGAAUGAAUGUAUAAACAAGACAUAGUAAUCUGUCUCUCAUUUCUCCUGUCUUGGACAUACAGUCAAUAAUCCAAAUGAUAUGGAUUAUCUGAGGAUUUAUAGUACGGUGGAGAAUAAUUAGAUGUUUUGAACCACACAAGGGUACAUCUUGCUACAAAAUUCAUUGCUUAAUGUGCAAAAUAUACUAAAUUAAAGAAACGAGGAAAAUCUGUCUCCUUAAGGACAGAUGCUCUUUAGGACACUUGUAAAGACGAUUUCCUUUUUUUCUGACCAGGCACAAAGCAUGACAAACAAACCUGUUCAGGGUGAGAUAAGCCCUUAAGAGGUGCGCUCCAUUGCCCAGCUGGAGUAGCUUUCACUCUUGGAGAAGUGUCAGUCUUGAGCAGAUGUGCCCAGCGUGCUAGAAAAUGCAAAGAGAGGAAUAAAGAUGACGUUUCUGUCCUCUCUAACUGUGCUACGACGUUAGAGUUGUAGGUGAUUCGAUCCCGUUCUAAAAUGAAAGGUAGGCAGAAGGAAGGGCAGGGAAUAAAACUUCUUUGGCUACAAUUAAACAGUUAAAUGCACUUACAACUACAGCGACAGUUCUAUUAUUUAAGGACAGUGAAGAAAUUCUUUGUACCUGCUAGUUUGUUUUUGUAGAGAGACUCUUGUGACACUACUGAGGUGAGUGAACUCCAACCUUUACCUGGCUGAAGGCGCCACAGCCGAGAGAUUACGUUGCGCUGGGCGAGUUCCCCUUCUUACCGCAGGUUAUGCGCGCUCUGCUUUGGGUUACACGAGGCCUAGGUUAGCCUUAAGUAAGGGUUUCUGAGAAGCAAUAUGAAUUAGGGAUUAAAUGCUUUAAAUCUGUACAAGUUUGAGUUCAGAAACACUCGUUCGUCAGCAAACGCUGAUCAUUGUAGUAUAUGCACAAUCAGCAGCUGGUAUAAAAUGAUUCCUUGAAAAACUCGGAAAGGUUUGAGAAUACAUCCUAGGUCCCAGAGGUAGAUAUUGUAUCUUCGUCUGUUGUGCAAUAAGACAAUUUAAAUGGUAUCACUCAAAAAUGAUGCUUUUUAUACUUGAAAGAAAUCAUUGUUUUUUUUUUUUUACUGUGAAAUAUUUGCACUGUCUGAACUUUCUGGUUAACUUUAUAUCUGUAAAACCUUUUUUACUAGUGUUAAUUUAUUGUGCUUGGUAUGUGAUGUGCUAGUCUCCUGUCUGUAUAAAUGUGAGAUUUGUCAUAUUUAAGUGAAUAUUUUUAUCUCCCGCACAGUUGUUUAUCUGGAGGGCUUUUUUCAUUUUCUCUUCCUGAGAAUUAACAGAAAUCUGAAAGAUGGCUUAAAAAGUCAACACUUACCUACUCCUGACUCGUAUACCGUGAUUAACGAAAGAGGCUGUAGCGCCUUGUACCCACGAGGAAAAUCUGGCUGCUUCUCAGAGCUUUCCCGGGCACGUUCACCAGUACCCGCCGAGCAGCUGCGUUAGUGAGACGGUAACUGCCUUGAUCAUCUGAGACUGCAGUCGUGAUUUCUUUGAAACGCAGCCUGUAAAAACUGGCUGUGAACUGCAGAAUUGGGGGCGGCUUCUGGGAGUCGGGGAGGGAAGGCGCUUCAGCGGGCAGGCUCAAACCUGGUGUCUUCUGCUAGCCGCUCGGUGGCUGCAGCUUUUCCUGGAACCGCCGCGAAACGCGUCCGCUUCGCUUCAAAGUGCGAAUGGGUUAGUGACUCCCCGAAGAAGAGUUUAAGGAAAACUGACUACCUCAGGUCUGUUUGUCUUUGAGUUAAGCUUUGAGCUUGUUGUUAACUUCUGAGUCUUAAGAUGACUUCAAUAAAAUACGUCUCAGGUUUUUAAGAACAAAAUCAAUUUAGUAGGAAGCAUAAGCCAUUUUUGAGUGUGAAGCAUAAAGCUAAAAAUUGUAGCUUAAAACAAUCACUUAGGUAGCCUUAAGUAUAGUAUUUCCCAGCAGAAGUCGGUGUUUGUUUUAAAUAAAUACAAGGUUUGCAGGCAGCUACUUUAGGUUUUGUGAAUAUAUUGUGACUUUCGAAUAUGGCCCAAAUAAGUCUGUGUGUUCACCAAACUGGAUGACAUCGUUUCCAUGUUUUGCUGUCCUAAAGAUAAAUGAACUAGUUUGUAGCCAAAAUAUUUUGAGUGUAUAAAAUUCGCAGUUUAAAUUUUGUGAAAGCGUUCCACGUUUGCUUAUGGAGGUCGAUUGGUCUUGCAGUCUUUUUUUUUUUUUUCCCCCAACCGAGUUGUUCAAAUCUAUAACACUCUAAUUUGAAUCUGAGGCGAGUCAUAUUUUAGGAGCACAUUUUUCUAGUGCUGUUUCACAGAUUUAGGAGGAGGAGGGCUAGCUUUUGGCUGGUACUUCGUAUGCAGUGAAUAAAAUUACAAAGAGAAGCAGGCAGAUCAUUCCUCUUGCAAUGGGUCAAGGUUUUGGGAGACUAGUGUAGAUACAGGUUAACUUACCAAAAGAGAAUUUUGACUCCUGUCGUUUGACUGUAGGUACAACGUAGCUCAUUCUUGUUGUUGUAAAACAACACUAAAAAACUAGGAAGACUGAUAUAAUUUGAAAACAGAGCUAGCAACAAUCCCUUACUUGAAAGGGACAGUUUUAAAAUCUUCCUGUCCUGCAGAUCUCUCUGGCUGAGUGUAAUCCAGUAGAGAGGGCGGCGGACGUGUUUUCUUCCUCACGCUUCCUACCAAGGACUUUUGGCUGAGCAGUUCAAGGUCUUUCCCUUGCAAAAUUUAGCUGCUGGGUUUUGCUUGGUUGAAGGGGUGAACAUGCUUGUAUGUAUUGCUCUUCAGGAUGGGGGGUCUGCAGUGUGUAAGUGUAUAUUAAAUGGCGCGAUCUUACAGUAUCAGACUUCCAAAGUGCAAAUGUUGCCUUUUUAAUGUAAAACCUACCCUGGAGAUAAAAACACAGUUUUGAGAGAACUGGCUGACCUUGAACAUGUUUCCUAUUUUGAUAUGAAAUGUAAAUAGAGAACAAACUAUUUUACAUGGAUUUUAACAGAAAUUGAGAUAAAAGGGCUAAUUUUUUGUUAUUUAUGGAGUAAAAUUUCCUUAUUUUACUGUGUAAAAGUUUGUCAUCCAGAAGAAGAAAUAGUUCUGUUCAUCAAUAAAGUAUCUGUAGAAAACUGA